AAAAUUUGUAUUAAAAAAAGUGCUAAAAAAAUUCAAAUUUAUUUUUUUUUUACAAUAAAAAUGUGUUUUAUAAAAAAUUGCCACUAAAAUCUAAAGAAUUGCUAAAAAGAAAAAGAAGUAUUUUUUUACUUUUCCCUUAAAUCCUUCCAAUUAAAAAAUGAGCUCCGCUUUGGAAAUUGUCCAAGAAACUAAAGAGUCAACGUCGUCUUGCUCAACAGGCAACAGUGGACUCUCGCUAUUCGAUCAAUUGAAAAACAGUAAAGAUCACAAUAGUGUCAAUAAGGUGGCCAACAUAAAAGCAAAAUCUUUUGUAGAACAAACAAAGAAGGAAGAAAAAUCCAAUAUUAUUCCCGAACAAUCAUCAGCUCUUAACCUUACAGAAAAGCCCGAAUUUUAUCCACCUUCUCUGCCAGCCAGCCAAACAUCAACUUCAAGUAUUGGCAUUGUUCAGGCCAGCAAACGUAAUAGCAGCAGCCUUAGCUCAUUUGGUUUAAAACCCUCAGCAAGGGAAUUCAGUGCAUUGCCUCAAACCCUUAAAAGAUCUCAACAGCAGCAUGUGCAACAACAUGCCACAAAAAAGACUGCAUUGUCUUCAACAAAAACAUUAGGAAAUUUAUUGUCCUCACAAUCACAAUCAUCAUCAGCGUCAUUAACAUCUUUAGCAGCCGGAGCCGCAGCAGCUGCUCUUUUAAAAACUGGAGAUCCAGCACAACUACAUUUUCAGCAUCAUCAGCAGCAGCAACAAAUUAAAAAGAAACGUUGCACCGAUCGUUAUGAUUCAUCAGAAUCUUCCGACAGUGGAGUGGCAACAUCUUUAAGUUGUACCGAUUCCAGUACCGCUUCUAGCGAAGAUGCCUCAGAGCCUGGUUCGCCCUACAGUCCCCCUCAUUUGUGUCUGAGUGAGGAGCAGCAGCAAUUAAAACAGCAACAGCAAUCAGCUUUAAUUAGCAAUAAUAAUAAUACUACGUCAACAUUAACUAACAGCACCAGCAAUAUGUCACCCCAAACAAUACUCGUUACGAAUACUGGAGGUGCUGCAGCUAGCACUAACAAAUCCACUGGGGGGACUAAUCAUACCAGCAUAACAUCAAACUCAUCAGCUGUAACUACAUCAUCCUCUUCAACAUCAUCCACAUCAGCAUCAUUAUGUGUAAGAACCAAUAACCUGCCAGCUUCUUUGACUAUAACGCCCACCAGCAGCAAUGCCAGUGCUGGUCCCGGCAAUAAAACAAAACAUCAUAAUCUUAAUACAUCAAAUGCUAAACAUAGCAAUAAUAAUAAUAAUAACAACCACAACACUGCCACAUUACGAUGUUCAAAUCUACCCACUUUACAAUGGCCUUGGAGUACAACAACCACACCAUCAUCAUCAUCUGCAUCCUCAUUAUCAUUAACAACAGGAACAAAUACAUCCUCCACCAUUACCAACUCGUCAAACACCUCUGCUCUGAGUUCAGCAGUUGUGGUCACCUCAUUAACCGCCGUAACCGCAACAGGUACAAAUACCAGCAACUCACCACAAGCCAAGAAACGUACAAUAGCUCCUUAUAUAGCCGCCGGCGAUAUGCCAGCUGCUCCCUCAGCGGCCAAAAAGUCUCGUGUACAAAAUGUACAGGAUGCCGCUCAUCUCAAUAAUCUAGCAAAUCAUACAAAUUCCGGAGCCAAAAGACUGAAAGCAGCCGCUUUAGAAGAGUCACAAACCAAGAUCACCGGCUACUUUAAAUCUCAAAUGAAGGCACAAAUGCAAGCAGCCCAUAGUAAAGCCUCCAGUGUGGUUACAUCCGGCCUGGCCUCGUGCGGCAAUAACAAUUCCAUAACCACCAAUGCUUUAACAAUGAGUGCUCCCGCCACCACCGCUUCGCUCAAUAAAUAUUUCAAUAUCCUGGCCCAGCUAAAGGAGAACAAUAAACAGGCCAAUGCCAAUGGUAAUGGUAAUGGCAGCAUUAAUGCCUCUUCUCAAUUGGCCAAAACUACUAAUUUAAACUUUAGUAGCAUAAACAGCUCUGUGCCCUCCUCCACCACCUGCACCCCCGUCACCAUUACCACCUCAGCAAUAAGCACGUUGGCGAAUAACCAACUGAAUGUCACAACAGUUCAAGCGCCCAUCACUGCAGGCACCACAUUUGUGGCGGCCAAUACAAAGCCCAUCAACAAUUUGUCCAUACAACCAGUGCCAAUGCCAGCUUUAAAGAAAAUCGAACGACCCAAACCUACCAAAAUUGCCCAGGUGGCGCCCAACUUAAGAAAAACUCCCUCCAACAGUCAUCAUAAUUACAAUCAUCACUCGAGCGGCUCCACGGGGAAGUCGCCAGCCAAGAAACAUGUAGCCAUUGCACCGCGUACACCCGAAAUGAAACAACAAAUGCAGCAGCAACAACAGCAAAUGCUGGCUAGUAAACAGGACAAUUCAAAGCAGCAAUUGACGCUAAUGUCUGGAGCUACAGCAGCACAAGCUGCUACAAAUUUAACCCAACAACAGGCUACAGCGGCUCAAACGGCUGCCGCUCCAGCUGUAUUACUCACCGCUAUACGUUUGCCAACAGCUCAAACACAAAAUCAACAGCCUCAGGCUCAAACCUUAAGUGGCAAAUCAAAUUUAACCCCAAAUAAAAUGCCGCAAGCAACGAACAACAAUCCCACAGUGGCCACAACUCAAGCCAAUGCAGUGCCACCGCCGCCGCCACCAACAGCCACAACUUUGUAUCAGCUGCCGGCUGUACAAUUACCCAAUCUAGUCCAAUUGCCACAGCUAUUGGCCGCCAAUGGAGCCAACAUAAUGCAGUUAAACAAUCUAGCCACGGCCGCCAAUAUGGUCAAGAACGCCCAGGCAAAUAAUCAACAGAACAACAAUAAUGCGGCCGCCAACAAUAACAGCCACUCUACGCAGCAAGCAGCCCAGGCGGCAGCUGCCCAAUACUUUUUAAAUGGCACUGUUUUUAAGCUGCAACAGUUUACCACAGCCACCACCACCACAGCCACCUCGGCGGCCAUGACAGCGCCCACCAACACCGGCAAUCCUUUCAAUCUCUUAAGUGCAGCUGAUCUGCAGGAUUUGCUGAUCAAGCAACAACAGCAGCAGCAUCAAUUACAGCAAUUGCAACAGCAGCAGCAAAAGGCCAACUUGAAUAGUUUAAAUGCCGCCUCGGCCAAUAGUUUUCAGGAAAUAUUCCAGCAACAAAUAGCGGCAGCCAUAGCGGCCAAUCAGCAGCAACAACAGCAGCAGGUGCAACUGCAACAGCUACAAAGACUGGGAGCAGCAGCCAAUAUACAACAGCAGCCUGUGUUUAUGGCCACUCCAGCGGGUCUCUUGCUUAAUGCAGCCUCUUUGCCAGCCAUGCUGGCCCAAGCAGCUGCAGCCUUAGCGGUAAACCAUCAGCAACAGCAGCAAAAGGCUUUAGCUUUGCCAGCCUUGCAGCCCAUACAACCGGCUCCCUUACCGGCCUUAAGUUCGAUAUUUGCUCCACCCCAACAGCAAACGGGAGAUCAUCAGCAGCAACAGCAGGACUUGCAGCAGCAACAACUGCAACAAUUGGCUUUGGCUCAGCAACAUUUCAUUAACAGUACUCAGCCCCCACCUUUAGCCACAGUGGCUUUAACCAACACCGCACAACAACAGCAGCAGCAACAACAAUUAACGCACAAUACCAACAACAAUAACUCAAAUAUCACCACAAUCUCGAAUACUUUACAGCAAACCACAAGCCAGCAACAACAGCAGCUGCCGCAAACCAUGAUGAGUGCAGCAGCGGCCACCGUAUCCGCCACAACGACAACAACAACAAACAACACUGCCAAAUUGGCGAUAGUAAAAGCCAACACCAACUAUACCACCUUAAGUUCGCAACCACCACCCUUAGUCACCAUAUCAAACAGAACAGCGCAUAAACCCAUCAGCACCACCACCAACAACUCCCACUCUAAUGUGGCCACCACCAACUCCAAAGCUAACCAAAACGCCAACAAACCCUAUCAGAAACGCAAUACAGCUGGUAAACAACAGAAUCUUAGUGGGAAAUCGGUUAACAAAAGCCAUGGCGGUAAAAUAACUACAGCCUCAGGUAAAAUAAUAGCAACACCGACCACACCACCACCACUGGUGCCCACAAUGACGGCAGCCCAACAGCAGCCGGUAGCCUUGACCUCAGCACCAGCCAAGGGCAUCAGAGCAGCCAACUUAAGCAAGACUCCCAACAGUAAACUGCCUACACCGGCUUUGGUUAGCAUUUCCAGCACCAACACCACUGCAGUACAGCCCAAGACAACGCAGUCUUUAAGCAAUAGUAGUGUCACUAUAAGUCCGGUAAUGUCGGCGCCGAAAACCACACAACUGGUCAAUAUUGCGCCCAAACUAACAACGGCCAGCAGUACGCAAACCAUGAACAUGAAACAGGGAAAUCUAAUAAACUUAAGCAACUGCAACAGCAGCACUCCGCUUAAUAUGAGCAGCAAUAUGGCAACAUGUGUGACAAAUACUUCCACAUCAAUAACAAAAACCAAAGUAAGCGUUAGCAGCAGCAGCCCAAGUGUCAGCACGAAACCUAACACCACUACUGAUCUCUUUGAUUUGGUUAAAAACUCCAAUGGAGCCAUAAGUAUAACACCAGCUCCCUUAAUAACAGUUGCCCAAGUUGCCCAAGUUGCGCUGCCACUGGUAGCAGCUCCGGCACCAGUUUCCUUCAAUUUAACCUCAAAUUUCGCACAGAGCAACAACUUUAAAUCGCUGGUCAGCACCGCCACCUCAACUCCAAAUAAGCCCUUGGAAAGCUUAAGUAAAAUCAAAGAUGAACCAAUGGAUGAGCCUAAUACACCAGCUGUACUCAAGGAAAAGGAUUUAGUUAAAUGCGAAAAUCCCAUCAGUUUCACAGGACAAAUUCCUGGCAACUUGAAAAUCAAACAGGAGCAGGAGCUUCUAACAGCCACCACUGCCGAGUUAGAGGAAGAAGACACCGAAAAGUCUUUGUCUCCUCAACCCAAUAAUAUCCUUAAUAAUGAGUGCUCUUCGUCCUCCUCCUCAUUUAGUUCAAAUUCCAUUUCAGUAUCAUCGGCCGCAGAUUUGUCUUUAGAGGCCUCUACUCCGGCUUCUAUAACCAGUUCGGAGGCCAAUUCACCGCAAUGCUCGAUAUUGUCACCAGCAGCAUCGGUAACACCCAAUCCCUGCUCAAACUCCAACUCAAAUUCCCUAAGUGAUUCCAAUUCUUCAAAUUCCUGCGCCAUGGGAGCCUCCUCACGCGACAUGUUAAGCGAAAUGGUUACAUCAACUUGUAUAUCCUCCGACUCUUCGGAGGCUAGUAUAAGUGUAUCGCUGCCGGAAAAUGAGGAAAGUAAAUUAAGUCUAAGCGAGGACAAGUCGGCUUCGUCUACACAAGAAAACGAUAAACAGCCCAGAAAUGUAGCCACUCCCGAAUCGGGCAUAGGUGGCAGUCUUAGCAAUACCGAAAGUAUGGAUUCUUCAUCGAAAUCUUCAAGUGGAGAAAUCUCUUCUGCUGCCUCGUCAUCUGAAUCGACGGCCUCGGAAAUUAUAAAUUCUCCGGCUCCUUCACAAUCGGACACACAAACACCGCCAGCCACACCCAUGAUACAAGAUCCUCAAUGCAAUGAGGAAUCUCAAAAUGAAACCUCUUCGGUGGCAUCUUCAUUGUCUCAGCCCCAGCAAUCACAAGAUUCUACCUCCAAAUCCACAGUAUCAUCGUCCACCUCGUACUCUCUACAAUCCUUUGAUUUGCUCUCCACCACCAUAGACACCAAGUUGGCGGAAGCUUUCACUAAAGAUGCACCCAAAUGUGCCAUUUCUCCCAUACUCUCACAACCAAAAACCAUACGUUUCCCGGCCAAUGGCGGCAAGGGCAACAAAAGACAUGAUGGUGUCUGCUAUUGGAACAAAUGCAAUAAGAAACAUGAAAGUAAUUCCAAAUUACUGGAUCAUAUGCAGCAUUUGCAUGUAAACACACAAACUGGACCCUUCUCCUGUCUAUGGGUGGGCUGCAAGGUAUAUCAAAAGGAGUCCUGUUCGCGUAGAUGGCUGGAGAGACAUGUAUUGUCACAUGGCGGUUCUAAACAGUUCAAGUGUAUUGUAGAAGGUUGCGGUUUAAGAUUUGGUUCUCAGUUGGCUUUACAAAAGCAUGUUAACAAUCAUUUCACCGCCACCGAAAACAAAGAGAGCACCAACAAACGUACCUCUGAUCCUCCGGUACCCAAGCAAUUGCGUAAAAAUGGCAAAAAGUUACGCUACAGACGUCAACCCUUUUCCGCCCGCAUGUUUGAUUUCUUUGAUGCUGGCAUUAUGGAGGGUUUACAACAUCGUCUACGUCAAAUUUCUACUUUAACCAAUGGCUGUAAUUCAAUUACUUUCCAGGGUCAAUGUAUUAUGAAACGCAAAAACUUUGCCGGAAAUAUGGAAUGCUUUAUACAAUGGUCUCCCAGAGAAAUAAUUUCGGAUGAAUGGCUGCCCGAGUCAACGGAACCGUUUUUGAAAACUGUAAAUAUAAAACAAAUGAAACCAACCGAAAAGAAUAAAGUCGAAAGUCUGCUAAUGACUGCCUACAAAAUGCCAUAUUCAGCAAAUAUCUUUGAAAAUGAUUAUGCCUUGAGUCAGCAAUAUCAGCGAGCUAAAAGCGACAGCAACAAUCAGGCAAAUGGCAAGACAACAACCAAUGAUAAUGAGCACAAUGAACUGAAUAAGCCAGGCAAUAAUAAUAAUAAUAACAAGGAAGUGGCCACAGAGAAUGAAGACCAAGAAGAAGAUGAUGACGAUGAUGAGGAGGAGGAGGAGGACGAUGAAGAAGAUGGUACUACCACAACGGCGGAAACAAUAUCGAGUUAUCAAAACGUUUUAACCAUUACCAAUACACAAAUGCAACAGCGCAAAAAACAUCCCAGAAAACAACAAAAUCGUAUUAUAGUAACACGUUAAGCUAAAAGAGAGUUUUUAACUCACUCUCUCUCUCGCUCUCUCUGUGUCUACAUUUCCCGCUAUUUCGCUGGCUUUCAUUGUGGUGCUGUAAACAAAAAACAUAAAGUAUUUCCUGUAACAACAAAACCCCCCCAAUUUAGUUGUAAUUUACAAUACAUUAUUUAAUAUUAUUAAUUAAUUAAUGAAUUAAUUUAGUUAAGUUUUUGUAAAUAGAGUUUUAUUUUAUAUAUUUCAUAUAAAAUUGUAAAUUUUUUGAUAUAAAUGAUAAAUAUGUAGUAGAAAAACUUUAGUUUAAGUUUUAAUUGAAGAUUUUAUUUCUCAACUCUUUUCUUUUGAAAGACAAACGAGCAACAGUGACAAGAUUUAGUUUUAAUUUAAUGUUUUUAUGUGUUUCUUAAAUUUUAAUUUUUAAUUUUUUUUUGUUGUAGAAGCCAGGUGAUAUGAUGAUAUUUAAUUUCAAACAAAAAAUACAAUUUCAAUAAAUAAUAAUUAAAUGUCGUAAUGAGAAAAAAAAAACAAAUUUAAGUGUGCGUAAAUCAAUAGGCAAGAUCACUGCCAUAUAUAUAAAACAAAUAAAACAAAAAAUGUAAUUAAAACAUCAAGAAAAAUCGUAAAAUAUUAUACAUACCUACAAAUUAUAAAAUUUAAUUUAUAUAUAAAAGAAAACACAAAACAAAACAAAAC